AUGCCGGACACCCCCAGCUACCACGCUGCCACUACAUCCAGCUCUCAGGGCGCUGGCUCCUGUGGCCUCCCAGUGGUCAGCUGGGAGAGGCCGGAGGCUGGUGAGGCUGUGGGGACUACAGCCCUGGGCGGGGAAGGUUUUCCAGGCUGGGAGGUGGUGCUGGCUCUGCUCUCUCCUCACCGGCCCGGUCCCUCUUCCAUCCUGGACAGCUGGAAGUCCAUCCUGGUGGGCGUGGUGGUGGCUACACUGCUGCUGCUGCUGGUGGUCCUCUCCACGGUCCUGGGUCUCAGGAAAGCCCGAGCGAGAGUCGGGAAAGGUGAGGCUGACUCCUGGCCCGGCUGCAGUGGCUUCUCAGGCCGGAAGGAGCCCAGCGGCGCCGAUCAGCAGGCGACCCCUGAUGAGGACCCAGCAGCCAUCCACUACGUCUCCCUCACCCACCUAAGCCACUGCGGCUCUGAGCACCCUGUCUACGCCAACGUCCACCCCGACUCGAAGCCCGAAGUGGACGCCCAGCUCUCUGUGGAAUACACCAGCGUCACUGGGAGCAAACCUCCAGUCCUGCAAGUCGGCUGCCCUGGAGGGAGUGCCUCUGAGCUGCAGGCAGAAUCCCCCCAGCACUGAGCACUUGUCAAAGGCUCCCAGGGUCCAGAGCUGGUCUCCCAGCCUCGGGGUGACUCCUAGGGCGGCAAAGACAAGCAGGGGCCAGUUUGAUGCGGGAGGUGGGGGGUGGGGGGCAAAGGCGAGCA